GGAGGUGAGAGGAAGCUGGAGUGGGAGAGAGAGGACGGUGCUCCAUCAGCCAAGUGCAGCCUGGAUCGUGAGGAACGGACGCUGGGGGGGGAAAAAAAUCCUCUCGUUUCUUUUUCUCCAACAUCAUUAAGAUGUAGACCGGUGCGCGUUCAAACCCCCCGGAGCACAAUGGUUUCUUUUUUCUGUCACAGGAAAAUAUUAAUAAUAAUGACAGUUAUUAAUAAAAGUGAACACAUUUUGGAUUAACGGUGCACUCUUUCUGGACUGAAGGGGUUUCCUUAAUUUGUUUCUGCGCGUGAAAAUUGUUGGACCGCAUCAAACGUGAGUUUCUACCCUCUGAAGUGAGAAGUGCGCCAGUCUUAUUUCCCAGGCAUCUUCUCUACGUGUGAGCGUCAGGAUUUCUUUUCCAGAGGAGUGGGAAUAUGUGGCUUUUGGGAGGAAUGAACCUUAUCCAAACGGGACGUAACGCACACAGGAAUAUUGUCUGAAGAGGAUUGGGACGCUUUCUGACGAAUGCAGACUGGACUUCUGUCAACAUAAUCUGAGCCACUACCCCCACUGCUCUGCAACUUCUCAGUCUAUGCGCUCGCUUCAGAAUGACGGGAACCCUCUUCCCUGGCUGGCUGUUCCACCGUCUAUAAAACGAUGCUUAAAGAUGAAAGUGUUCUUCUGUCUUUUGGAGGAUGUUGACGGGACCUUUCCGGGGAUAAUUUUUCAUAUUAUGAGGAAUAUUUUUCUGAGUUUCCUUCACUGAGCUGGAGGAUAAUUACUGGCUGCCAACUUCCCUCUGGAUGAUUUGGGCUGACUGGCUUUUUAAAAGCAUUGUUAACAACCACGACCACCGUCUGCCUUGGAGUUACCUGCUUAUUUGCCUGUGUGUAAAUAUGGUUUCAUUGUCUUUGUGCGUCUGCAUUUGCAGCUACGUGGCGUAAGUGAGACACAGGGAAAAACUUUAAUUUCACCAAUCAAGGACAAAGGAGGACAGAAGAAAAAUUUAAAAGCAGGUAGUAACAGUCAUGGCCCAGUGGAGGCCCCACUCAAAGAUUUGGUCCAGUCUCCAUCAAACUGCCCAGAAGAGGGGCAGAAGGAUUGGAUGUGAACUACUUGGAGGUUUGAUGGAUAUGGGCUGGUGGACAUCCACCCUAAUAUGGCUAGGACUAUUGCUCCUUCAGGCGUGUCCAGCUGCCGUGUUGGCUCAAAAACUUGAUGAGAAUGACCCAGUGGUCACAGUGGUCAGUGGCAAGCUGCGGGGCAUUAAGAAGGAGCUCAACAAUGAGAUUCUUGGUCCUGUAAUCCAGUUUCUGGGCGUCCCAUACGCUGCUCCACCCACGGGAGAGCGGCGCUUUCAGCCUCCUGAACCACCAACGCCAUGGUCAGACAUCCGCAACGCCACGCACUUUGCCCCAGUGUGUCCUCAGAGCAUCAUGGAGGGCCGCUUGCCGGAUGUAAUGCUACCAGUGUGGUUUACCAAUAACAUCGAUGUGGUUUCCACUUUUGUCCAGGACCAGAGUGAGGACUGCCUCUAUCUUAACAUUUACGUCCCAACUGAGGAUGUCAAAAGAAUAUCCAAGGAAUGUGCCAGGAAACCAGGCAAGAAAAUAUGUAAACAAGGAGGUCCCCUUACAAAGAAACACACUGAUGAUUUAAGUGAUAGUGACCGCACGGAUGAUGAAGAUAUUAGGGAGAGUGGAAGCCCCAAGCCGGUAAUGGUUUUUAUCCACGGGGGAUCCUACAUGGAAGGAACGGCUAAUAUGUUUGAUGGCAGCAUCCUGGCCAGCUACGGGAACGUGAUCGUCAUAACAGUCAACUACAGGCUGGGCGUUCUAGGGUUCCUGAGUACUGGUGACCAAGCAGCCAAAGGGAAUUAUGGCCUGUUGGAUCAGAUCCAGGCACUACGCUGGACCAGCGAGAACAUAGCAGCUUUCGGUGGUGACCCAUUACGCAUCACUGUGUUUGGGUCAGGUGCUGGAGCUUCCUGUGUGAACCUGCUCACACUGUCUCACUAUUCUGAGGGCAACCGCUGGAGCAAUUCCACCAAAGGUCUGUUCCAGAGGGCCAUUGCCCAGAGUGGCACAGCUCUAUCCAGCUGGGCUGUCAGUUUUCAGCCGGCCAAAUAUGCCCGCAUGCUGGCCCGUAAGGUAGGCUGUAACCUGGAGGACACCGUGGAUCUUGUGGUGUGCCUACAGAGAAAACAUUACAAGGAGCUUGUGGACCAGGACAUCCAGCCAGCACGCUACCACAUUGCCUUUGGUCCAGUUAUUGAUGGAGACGUUAUACCUGAUGAUCCCCAGAUACUAAUGGAACAAGGUGAAUUUCUCAACUACGAUAUAAUGUUAGGAGUGAACCAGGGUGAGGGUCUGAAGUUUGUGGAGCUUAUUGUGGAUAAUGACAAUGGAGUCCAAGCCAAUGACUUUGACUAUGCCGUGUCCAGCUUUGUUGAUGAUCUUUAUGGUUACCCAGAGGGUAAAGACAUUCUCCGGGAGACUAUUAAAUUUAUGUAUACAGACUGGGCUGACAGACACAACCCAGAGACCCGCCGGAAGACACUACUGGCCCUCUUCACUGAUCACCAGUGGGUGGCGCCUGCUGUUGCCACAGCUGACCUACACUCUAGUUUUGGGUCACCAACCUACUUCUAUGCCUUCUACCACCACUGUCAGACAGAACAGGUCCCACCGUGGGCAGAUGCUGCACAUGGAGAUGAAAUCCCUUAUGUGUUUGGGCUGCCGAUGAUUGGACCAACAGAGUUGUUUCCAUGCAACUUCUCGAAGAACGAUGUGAUGCUCAGUGCUGUUGUCAUGACCUACUGGACAAAUUUUGCCAAAACAGGGGACCCAAACCAACCUGUCCCCCAGGACACCAAAUUCAUCCACACAAAGCCAAAUCGUUUUGAGGAGGUAGCUUGGACACGCUACAAUCAGAAAGACCAGCUUUACCUUCACAUUGGCCUGAAACCUAGAGUCAAGGAGCAUUAUCGAGCCAACAAGGUCAACUUGUGGUUGGAGUUGGUUCCUCACCUACAUAGCCUCAAUGAAGUCACUCAGCCCAUCCCUACUACUACCAAGAUUCCUCCACCAGAGGCCACUAACCGCACACCGAAGACCAAAGUGCUGGUGACCAAGCGCCCUAACCCAACUCCAUUUCCCACAGAGACGCAGGACAGUCACAACCAACCUCACCUGGUGGACCAGCGCGACUACUCCACAGAGCUGUCAGUAACGAUAGCAGUGGGAGCCUCCCUGCUUUUCCUAAAUAUUCUGGCCUUUGCUGCCCUCUACUACAAAAAGGACAAGAGGCGACAUGAUGUCCAUCGGCGCUGUAGCCCCCAGCGGAGUGCUGCAAAUGAUCUGGCCCACACUCAGGAGGAAGAGAUCAUGUCCCUGCAGAUGAAGCAGCAUUCAGACCUGGACCGGGACUGCAGAACGGUGGGCGACUCUCUGCACCCGCAUGACGUGGUCCUCAGGACUGCUUGCCCUCCAGACUACACCUUGGCCAUGAGACGCUCACCGGACGACAUCCCACUCAUGACACCAAACACCAUAACCAUGAUCCCCAGCACCAUGGGAGGGCUCACCUCACUCCACUCUUUUAAUACCUUUCCCAGCAGUGGGCAGAACAACACCCUGCCUCACCCGCACCCACACUCACAUUCUACUACCCGGGUAUAGCCCAGUGAGAGCAGCCAUGCAGGCAGGACUCUGUAGGCUGAGGAUAAAAGCUAACAGUGCUGCUGCAGCAGAGACCUGAGGCCGACCUGCCGACAAACACAAAUAUAUCAAGAGCUGAAUCGCCAGCCUGGAGUUGCCAAACGCCCGUGGAAUUACACUCGGAAUAUACAGUACCCUGUUAAUACUUGAGGGAAUACAGUGAAAGGUUUCAAAUGUUUUUGGACCACAGGAUUGAGAAAAGAAAUAAUUAUGGGGGGUUUUGUACAAAAGUAAAAAUACAGAAAAAAAUACAUAUAAAGAGUGAAGGCAGAACAAGUUCUCACUAGCUAAAACAAAUAGGAGGAUGUUUUUAUUAUUAUUUUUGUUCGGAUACUGCAGCAAAACAAGGAACAGUACAACACUUUUUCUCUCUAGCGACAGUUAUGGCCUUUGGGAUUUUUUUGACAAACGACUGCUUGACAGUAUUAUCUGGAAGCAGAGCAGAGCAUCAGACACGCCUUGGAGGUGAAAAGAGGGGAGCACUUUGUAAAGAAAAGAAAACAUAUUGUUUUCCUUUGGCAUUUCUCUGCAGAGUACUCUGUUUGUGGGGCUCAAAGCAGAUGCUGUGGAAGGCAAUUUGGGCAUGUCUAAACAUCAUGAAUGGAGGCUAUGUAUGAUAACGAAAAAGCAGAUGUUGGAAAGAGCUAAGGAACAAAUGGCAACUUCCAAGAAAAAGAGACCAUGUAUGCACAAUGAAAUCGUUUUGGGAAAAAAAAAAUCUUGCAAAUACUUUUCAUCCAUUUAUUUUUGAUCGGGAACUAUUUUAUUGUAUAGAACCUAUUUACAUAUCUAGAUGUGUAAACUAAGCACCAAGGCUGUUUAAGCCCUCUUCGCUUGAGAAGGGUGUCCAUACUGCAAACCCGCCAGUGAGGACCGAACCAGUGGAAAGUGAGGACGCACCGACAGACUUUCCAGCAGUUCCAACUUCAACACAGAGAGCCGAGGGACAAAGGAUAAUUGGGAUAUUUUAGCACGAUGCGCAUGACAAUUUAUCUGCUUGAUGGCUGCUCUGCUGAUUAUGUCAUUAAUAAGAAUACUUUUCACCUUGUCCCCUUGCACUGGAAAAUUCAAGACACACUUCCUGAUUGGAUUACAGGAACACUCGCUCCCUCGCAAGACCAUGGGAAACGCAGCCGGGUUGGGAACGUUUAGGGCAGGGUAUGGAAACAGAGAAGGGUGGGGCUGGGAAUAGGGGAAAUCUUUCUUGCAUAACACAAUAUAGCUUGAGUGGGCUGGGCUUAUAAGGACUAGUUUUGUACUCUGUGUUGGUACUUUUUGAUAGUGGUUAAAUCACAAAACAUUGUAUCAAUCAAAAUCAUUGUACCUUCAGUUGAGAUCAAUGUUCUUUGCUGUUCUACCUGUUGGAGCACUAGACCUUAUCAAACUAAUUAUCUGCACUGUUUAUUCCAUUGCCCCCCCCUUCCCCUUCCCCAACCUUUUUUGACUUGGAGGUGCGUUGACUGAAUAACACGGUGACACCUUGGUGUUGAGAAGAAGACAGAAGGGUGAAACAUGUGAAAAAUGUAGUUGAAGAGUGAAUCUCCGGGUGAUUUCCUGAUGAUUUAUCCAACAAAGCCCUGAACUGUAGAGCCUCUUAAACAUGAAUGCCUAUACAUGAUUAAUUCAAGAUAAAAGCCAAGCACAGACGGAUCACAUGGGGUGGGAAUGCACAGUAGGUGGCUGAGUGGAGGUGUCAGGAUCAGGGUAGGUCAAUCCCCAUGAUGCACUGUUUUAUCUGGUUUUCAUCAUUAGUCAAGUCAGACCAACUUAGGAAGUACUUUGCCAGAAAGGAGAAACCCUACUGCUUCAACUUGAAGCCUUUCUGCUUUCUUCAUACACAAACAGAGAUGUGGUCGAGUCUUUUUGAUUAGCCUUUUUUUUUUUUCAAAAACAAUUAUUGCACCAAAUUGUUCAAUUUAAAAAUAGUCAUUUAGGGGUUUGUUGGUCCAUUGCUCCAAGUUCUUUGUGAUUUUUAUGUUAUCCUGAAUGCACAGCUCUAAGUAUUUUGGGCUGUUUUUACUAUCAUAUUGACAUGAAAACUAAACCCUUUUAGUUUUCUUUCAAACAUUCUGUGAAACUUUCAUCUGAAACAUGAUCGGUUCACCCAUCUGCCUCAGUGAAUUCAUCUGUGUUUAUACAUCAUUAAGUGUUAGAUUUCACUUUUUUUUAAAUGCCCGAAAUAUUUCCAUUGAAUAGAAUCAGAAUUGACAAAUUUUAUUUUCAACUUCUAAUUUCUCUACAAGGUAUCUUUAUUAUUAUUAUUAUUAUUAUUUUGCUUAGCAGUAAAUUGAUUCAUGAAUGGCACACCUGUUCAACAGGAAUUGUUAAUAUGUUGAUUAAAUGUAAAUGUUUGUGUGUGAGGUGUGUGGAACAUGACAAACAAAACUCUGUUUUAGAAAACUGAUGCACCACUUCACAUUCAAACUGAAUGAAGUACUGAACGGCUAUAAGAUCCUGCAACCACCGUAGUGAGAAUCGGGUUAGUCGUAGGUUUUUUAUCUCUUGGAAAUCUGCAUAAACAGGAGCUGAAAUAAUUUGGAUCAUUUAAACCUUAGCUUGUUGAAUUUUCCUUUUUAUCAGAUCCAGGACCUUGGAGAUUACACCGGUCUUGCCUAAAAUCCUGAUUUCUUUUUUAUCUUAAUCCCUCAGAUUAUCUUUUGACGAGCAGCCCAUCAAAGACUUGCUUGGAUAUUUACAUUCAUUGACAUUUUCAUUAGUGAUACCCACAUUUUUGCAUGCUGCUGUAUGAAUAAGGAAGCAGAGGGGCUUCUUACAUCAGUUUAGACUCACAGUCACCUCCUUUCAGUUGAUGUUGAAGAGCUAUUGCUUCUUCUUCUUUUUUUUUUUUUUUUACCAGGGAUUCUCAUCCGUCUCAUCUCUCUGCUCGAGCUGACAGCUUGGGCUGCUUAACAAAACGGCUCCCUGCACAUCUGCACCAUCUUCAGCAGACCGCCUUCUACAAGAUGCCUGCUAACGUCUUUAGGUCAGUGAAGCCUCAGCAUCUAACAGUGUUAGCCACUGAGAAGAAAUGAGUCAUCCAGCAAAGCAGACUGCAGUCAAAUCCCGCAGCUUUGGAGGUUUGAGUCACUGCGGGGGCAAAGUGGUGAACUUCAAACACCCCGAGAAAGGAAUGACAAGCUGCUGCUGCUGUUGUUGUUGACAAGCCUGUGUUUAGAUAUAGAAAUAUGUAUGCUGGCAUAGAAAGGUUGCUUGUUAAACGGAGAUGGUUGGCCCUAUUUUCCUCUCACUAAACCGUAGAUGUGGGGAGGCCGCUGCUGUGAGGAUACCCCAUGCCCUCUUGGCUUUCUCACAAUCACUGUGCAGUCAUUUAAAAAUAAUGAUUGUAGACCGCUGUUGUCCCAUACACACCUGCAGAAGUCUAACUGGAUGGUAGGGCGAAAUCUUGUAUGUCACAGAGAGUUUUUUUUAAAUACUGUUUAAAUUGAAUAAACAAAUGUUAAUUGUUUGCUUUGAUUUGUUGUUGUGAAUGAGAUGAAUGUGAUUGGGAUUGUUUUGGGUUUUAAACAAAAGAAAUACAGUAUUCCUGGGCUAAAACAACAAAUCACCUUCACAACCUUUUAAAGACUUUUUUUUUAAUUACUGCAGAAAAAAUUCGCCCAUAUCUGUUGGGAUGGUAUUGAAAAUUCCCAGCUCAAGCAUUACCUUUGCCCACAUCUGUUUGAUGAACGUCAUCAAGCUUUCAAGCACACGCUAAGGAUUAGGCUUUCCAAAUAUUUUGUUAUCUGCUCAAUAUAUUCCAUUUGGGAGAAAUUCUGCCAUUGCCUGUGCCAUGUCCUUGUGUUUAUAAUUCCACAAAGGAACUCCAAUUGAAAAAAUGUCAGAACAGACUCCAGCUGAAAUCAACGAACCCCUCAUUCACUCCCAGUGCAGAAUGGAUGUGGCCUAGUUCUCCUACGGCUUCUGGACGGACUGCUAUUCAUCACACCAACAGCGGUUUGUGUUUUGAACGUCUCUGGAACUCUGCUCUCACAAGAGCACCAAAGGAUUAGAAAUCUGACAUUGUACAUUUAAUGAUAUAUCCAUAAAAACAACACGUACUACCUAGCAGCAUAAAUAAUGGGACACAUGUUUAUAUCUAAAUAUACUGCAUGUUCUUCACUGUUCCUCGUCUCACUUGUGAUUUCUGCAAAGACCAAGCUCACUGAUAAUCAGUUUUAGACUUGUUCUUUUAGAAAUAUGAUGGGUCACUCUGAGUUUAACAUGCAUGCUAAUUGUGAAAAUAGUCUUCCACCCCUAUUUUCAGCAUUAGACACCGAUAGACAGGAAACGCUCAGAUUAGAAAAGCCAGUCACUUGCAGGUUCGCAAUGCUAAAUGAACAUGCAUGGCCUCACCCAUCUUGGCUUCUGACGGGGAAACAGUUGUUGGUUUGGUGUCCAGGAAACAGCAGUUAAAGGGACUUUACAGGGUUUUGAAUUUUUAUGCUCGCGAUUGCCCCCUCAGGCCAAAAGCGUAACGACAGCUUCAAUAGUAGGCUCGUGCACGAGGCGCGCAUGCUGUACGUGCACACUCCUUAACGAAAAUAACAGCUGAGACAGUCGUCUGUGUGUGUGUGUGUGUGUGUGUGUGUGUGUGUAGCCCGGAGGACAGAGGACAGGAGAACGAGCAGCUAAUUAAUUAAAUAAUUUGGUUCUGUACCUUUCUCUUCAGCACAGCCGACAAAGGUUUAUGAUGGGUCAGUCUUCCUGCAUGCUGAGAUCAUGCCCUUCCCUUGCUUGAAAAAUUGUUCCAAAAUGAAAGUUGAACCCACAUCUUUUUUAUCUGUGAAUUCAAUGCCUUUCGGCGAGUCUCAAAUAAAAAUUUGGGCAUCUUACUGUAAAAAAAUAUAAUUAAUGUAAAAAAUAAACUGAAUAAACUAUGUUCACAUCCAGAAUCAAACCCGGAUCUUCCACACAAGAGUCCGCCUUCUUACUAGGUGAGCUAUAGCACCAGUGAUGUCUUCUGGAUCUGUAAUAUUUAUAUCCUUGAUGACAGCUGAAACAACGUUCAAAGAACGGUUCAGAGCUAAAAUGACUAUUUUGUUGCUAAUUUGCAGGAAAUAUCUGGAGGAAAGUAGCUAAGGGUCCUCAGAAAUGAAGCUAGGUUCAUCACUAGGCGUUACGAACAGCGACAAAGUCGCUGAGUUGGUACUACCUCACCCUCUGCUGCUAAAGCUACUGAUAGCAAAUGCUACGGGCUAUGCCUGAGCGUGAACACGCAUGAAGCAGCCUGCUCUACCCGAGCAUCUCUCUUUUUCUGUGAUUUUACAGAAAAACCAGCAAUCACAGUAAAAAUGCCAGGGCUCAUUCUACAGGACCAGGGCAUUGCAGGAGAAUGUAUGAAGAAGAAAUGUAUUAUUUCUAUACAUGUUUUGGCUGUCAAACUUCCAUAAUGUCCCUUUAAAGUCUUGGCUAGCAGAAGCUGUCUAUUAGCAUUAGCAACUCUACCAAACAGCAGAACUCCUUCAGGCUUGUGUUAUUUGUGGAGAAAAAAAUAUCUACGUUGCAAAGCAGAGUCAGUGAUAGUCACGUUGUUGUUAGCCUGUGAGAGAGGGGAUCAGGAAUGAAGAGUCCAAGGCCAUUUUCAGCUCCCCACUCUUUUUCUAACUAUGUUUAUUCAUUUAGGAGACGCCUUUAUCCAAAGCGACUUACAAUUUAUAACCUAUAGGGCAUGUUGUGAUCUGUGGGGGAAACCGGAAUACCCGGAGGAAACCCACGCAUGCAUGGGGAGAACACGCAACUCCACGCAGAAAGGCCGCAGCCGAGCCGAGUUUCGAACCUGCAACCUUCGUGCUGCGAGGCAACAGUGCUAACCACUGCGCCACCAUGCAGCCCACAACUACUUCCUGAAACAGGACCACAAGUGCUCCUUUCCACGUAGAGAUCAGCUCACAAGAUGCUCUUUUAUUCUAGAGACCACUGCAAAUGUAAUGAGAACACAAGUGAACUUGGUCUUUAGUUUCAUGAUUAAGUUUAAUCUGCAUGCGGCAUCCUGAAAAAAUAGAUUCCAUAUGAAAAUUUGUUGGAGAUCUGGAUCUGGGUCUGCAACAUACUGCAGCCGAUGUGAAUGCUCAGACUGGAUUCUGAUGUUUGGUCUAUGUGGAAGCUCUACAGAAACCGAACUGCAUCCAUUCCACAUUCGGUGUGAAUGAGGUUUUAGAAGCCAUCAGACAGUAAGUAUCGAGAGAAAAAAGAACGUUACAUUUUUAGACAUUCUUUUUCAGAACAAUACCUUAAGAAGUCUGUGAAGGUUCUCAGUCAUCCAGGUCAUUGUAGUCUAAGGAGCUUUGAAAGAAAUGCGUCUGGACUUCUUUGAGUUGCUUGAAGACGUUUCACCUCUCAUCCGAGUGGCUUCUUCAGUUCUAAGGUCAAAUGGUGGAGAGUCCCAGAUUCAAACCCAGUGGGAGUUUCCUCCCGAAGAGGGAGCAAAAGGCCCCCUGAUGAUCUUCUACAUACAUCUGGGACUCUCCACCAUUUGACCUUAGAACUGAAGAAGCCUCUCGGAUGAGAGGUGAAACGUCUUCAAGCAACUCAAAGAAGUCCAGACACUUUUCUUUCAAAGCUCCUUAGAAUACCGUAAGAAACAAAACCUAUUGCAUUAACGUUACUACAUACAAAACAGAGCUUUGUUGAAUCUGUAUGCCAACAGUACAUCAUUAACCAAGACUCAAACCCAAAAACCACUUCAUCUCAAACAAAUAAGUUGUUACAUUUUUUUUUCAAAGUAAAACACACCAAUAAUACAUUCUAGGGGUGGCCAUAGUUCACCACAACCAUCUGUUUCUUUCUAAUACUAAACUAGGAUUUAGUAUUAGAUCGCACAGAACAGCAAAGUACUACAAAAAAGUUCUUAUUCUGCCAGUUUAUUAUUAUACAUUAAUCACACACAAAGGGUUCAAAGGGGUCAUGUAUAACCUUUUCUUUUACUGUUAUCCUUCAGACAUAGUUACUAUCCAACAGUGCAGAACUGAACAUUUCAAGCUUAAAUCCUACAUAUGCUUCUAUAAUGUUGCAUUGCAAAAAAAUAACACAACUUAGGCCCUGUCCACACGUAGCCGGGGAUCUGCCAAAACGUAGAUAUUUUCCUAAGUUUUGGCCUGUCAUCCACACGAAAACGGAGUUUUUUCACACGAAAAUGGAUCUUUUUAAAAACUCCGGCCAAAGUGAAGAUCUGCGUUUUCUCCGUUUUGGGUGUCUGCGUGUGGACGGACAAAGCCGGAGUUUUAAGGUCCGCAACGUCACUUUCCACGACAAAAAAAUGCUGACAUCACGUGUGCGACCUGUGUUUACACUAGCCGGCAUCAUGGAAGCCUUCAGAGCUGCGCUCUGUCACUACCCGAUCCAUCAAUUGCCCAAGCGUUUUCUGCUUGUUUGUUUUUGCAAGCGGAAUUACUGCUCCUUGCGGAAGACCACAGAUGAAGGACGAGGUUAAGAACGGGGGAAGUACUGCCGCCUACAGGUCUGGCAUGUCCUUAACAACGUAUUUAUCCGGGUACGUGUGGACAGAGUUUGUUUUUAAAACGAGGUGGUGUGGAUGCAAGUUUUUCGAGGGGCGGAUAUUCGUUUUCAAAAAACCCCGGCUACGUGUGGACUAGGCCUUAAAUGAUUUCUCAACGAAUCUGAAAGUGAUCCCUAGUGUUCAUUUGGUCUCCCAAACCUGUGUUUUGAUGAUAUAGAAUAAAGAGCUUGGAAACAGUGCUUGGUAAAAGAUUAGGAUAAACUUUAACAAGCCUUUUAAAACUAUUGUUGUAAAAAUGCUGCUGGUGCUACAUGACUGAGUCAGUGAGCUCCCUCUAAACACUAACCUUAUCUUUUCACACAUGCUUCACGGGGAUUGGGGAGUACAUUGUCAGCACUGGUCCAGGUCUAGCACUACUCUCCAGAGAAAUUAGAACAGCACAACAGAGGGGCCAUCCACUGAAUUAAACAUAUAAUUGCUGUGAUGGGUAGAUAGUCGAGCAUCUGCAGGGCCAUGCUAAGUAGCUGACAGCUCAGGAUGGAACCUUGUUAAAAACUUGUUAUGCGUUCAGUUUUCUGAUUUGUAAGAGGAGAAAAAUGCAAGUCAGUUGUCAAAUAAUGAAAGUGACAGAAAUGCCGGUCAGCACCUGACAUGUUUGACAUUUUAAACCGAAAUAGCUUGAAACUGUUGUGAAUUUAAGGUGUGAUGACAGUUGCUAACGAGAUUUAGCUCGUCUGACCAAAUAAAAAUAGUCUAAUUCUCACACAGAAAAGAUGCUUCUGCUGGAUGGUUGAAAACAUAAAACCAAGCAAAUAGAAAGGAAAAAAGGUGGGAGUAGAUGUGCUGCAGUGACUAGAAAUUAGGCUUUAGGGGAAAACAAUAGACUGAGUAUAGUGGAAUGUGAUUUAAAGAACGGCAUCGAGGGUCCUAAAAAGAAGAGCUUGUUAUCCAAUCUAAUCAUAGUACUGAACACUAACACAAGCAGAACAGCGGAAAAGUGCUGUAAGAUGGAUUAUAUCUAAAACUGAAAGUCAGCUAGAGCUGACCUAAGCACGACUGAUUGGAGUGUUGGAUUUCUGCUUCAUCCUCUACGUCAUAAAGGCAGAAGAAAGAUUUCUGAAAGCAUAAGAAGACGGGAGGGAGGGGACCUCCCAGAAAAAGGACCUAGUGGCCCACCUUUGAAAACACUAAAGCAUCUGCUCACUGUUUCAUGUUGAAUGAUUAACAGCAUCACAGGCUACUAAAGCAUAGAGUGCUGCUCAACAUUAUUUACAUAGAGUUGAUUGUCUUACCAUUUCUCAGUCGUAGGAUCAUUGACAUUUUAUGGUUUUGUGUUUGCUUUGAGGAAAGCUUUUAUUUAUUUUAGCCAACCAGCUAUUUUGAAUGAUUUGCCUUUUGUGGCGGUAACUCUGUUAGAGAUUCUGGAGACGCACGAGACACCAUUUGGUUCAGUAUCUUCUGCAAACUACAAGCGUAAUUACCCAGGGAGCAUCACACUUGCCUUUCUACCUCCUAAAACCCCUCUCUCUCUCUCUCUCUCUCUCUCUCUCUCUCUCUCUCUCUCUCUCUCUCGUUUUUUUGUGUGUUUUUUAACAUUGCCUAUUGUUUUUGUCGCUGUUUUGUCAUGUGAGGAUUACCCAGGUCUGCUGGUUUCAAAGGGCAAAGUUUUUAAAAAAAACAAGAUCAUAUAAAUGGAGGUGAUGUCAUCUUCACAUACCUGACAAACAUGUCACCUGAGUUUGUUGUGAGCACGAAAUUGUGUAAAAAUACAGCUCAACAGCACCUCUAGUGGUUCAGAAAUCAACAAGGUACCUGUGAUGUUGCUUAUUUGUGACAAUAUUCAUAUCCAUAUUUAAAUCUCUGCGUAAUUGUUUCAAUAAGGGCUAAGAACUGACUGACUAGGGCUAACAAACUUGUUUUGAGGAAUAUAAUUUUGUUAAAUGCGUAUUUUAUGUUAAAUGUAAAUAAAUAUCAGAACUAUUAACACAUAUUUUGGUUGAUAUUUUCAAGUUUAUUUAAUUUAUGAUCACACUGAUAGCAAAUAUUUCACAUGGAGAUAAAGAGGUUCUACCUUCCUUUCAUAACUGAAUGGAUCAUAGUUGGACUCAAACAGAUCAACAUUUCGUGGCCAAAUGCAAAAACAACUGAAAGGUUUAACAGUUUUAUCUGACAUAUACUUUUAUGUACAUUUGCUUUUAUUUAUUCAUUUAAACAUCCUGGGGAAAAUAAUACAAGUGAUCUCCCAAAAGGUAAUGCUCUUCAUUCUUUACUGUUGACAGAAAACAGAAUUGUCAUCUACAGUCAGCCUAAUAUUAGAAAUUAAAACAUUUCCAAUUUAGAACAAUCUGAAAUGAUUAGAUCAGUUAUUGUAAAUAAGUGGUGGAAUUCACUAGCCGACACCGUGGUGGAAAAUGAACAGGACCUUGGUUUUUGGGGCUUCAAAUAUAAAAAUCUGACCAAAUGAAUACGAUUUGGUAAGGACAUAAAUGUAUUUGUAUUUCUAUGCUGUGACAGAUUUACAAAGACCGGCAUCACUUCUUGCUUCGAAGUAACUACACUUAAAAAUGUCUCACCAUUAAAAAACACCAACACACGUUUUUUUCCAAUUUUCAGUGGAUGAAAAAAUGAGCUAAUAAUUUCUAGACCAUAAUACAUCUUCCUUUAGUUUGUCAAGGAUUUCUAACUAUGUCAAAGACAAUAAAUAUGUGUAGCAUUAAAGAGUUUUUGUUUAAUCGUUUAGUUGUAAAAGUUUAAAACACAGUGUUCCAAAAAGUUGCUGUUGUCAUUGAGUACAUUAAUUAAAACUUUACAUUAAUGUAAAUUUUCUGCUUUUUAAUACAUUUCAUUGUAAGGAUAUAAGGCUGGUAAACAUUGUAAAGGUUAUUGUUUAUUCCUUUGUGCCUAAUUUAUCUUUUUGUGUUAUAAUCUUGAAUUAUGGCUGUUUUUAUAAUUCAGCUUCUCCUCAAUAACAUUUGAAAUUAGAUUUAUUUAACUCUGUGCAGCUAUUUUACAUGUUCACAUGUAAAAGGCUGAUGUAAUAAAAUCUGGAAAUGUAUGAGAAAUGGGAAAGGCUCCCAUCUGGUGUAAUCUUCCAUCCAAUAAGAGUUUCCAUCUUUUCUGAACAGGGAUUCCAAAUCAAAGCAGGCAGCUUUCAUAUUCUGUGGUCUUUCUGUUUUUAAAUCCCAACAUCUCUCGGUUUAAAGGAGCCGGUAGCUGAGGGACAGAGAAUCCAUAGCCAGAGCUGUUCAGAAACCUGGUUCUCGGGGAAUGCUUCUCUUGUUGUGUGUAAAUCUACUUUGACCACGGUCAACAUUCAGCCCAUCUUACAGUGAAUGGAAAGGGAAGAACCAGCUCUAUGAAUGAAUGUAAAGCAAUGUGCCGUUUUCUGACCUCAAAAUCGCAGCAGCAGCAGCAACAGUCAAACCUCAGAUUUAUCCUGAGAGGUUUUUGCAAACAGCAUAAAACAGGCAGGUGGAAUUGUUCUUCGAAUGCCUCGUGAGAUCGGGGUAAAAGUGAGCAGGUCUGGCAUUUGUACUGUAGAAUUUUUUUGUCAUCUGUCUUUUUUCUGGUUAAAUAGUCUUACUCUUCUGGAGCACAAUAAAUGAUUUUAACAUGCUGA